CUUCAUCAUCCAUAAAUUCAUCCUUAAAAAAACAACUUUUUUCAUUUCCUCACAGUUCCCCACUUACUCUUCAAUCAUUUCAUGGCAUCCCAUUAUAAAACUCAGCCUCUGCCGAAAUUCGGGGAAUGGGAUGAGAACGAUCCGGCUUCAGCAGAAGGAUUUACUGCCAUUUUUAACAUAGCUAGAGAUGAGAAGAGAACUGGGGGCAGUGUUACAGUUGUUGCCACUGAAAGCCUAAAAUCACAGAACAAACAGAAGAGAAAACAUAAACAUUCCAUUAAGAGAAAAUGGUUUUGUUUUGCUUGAAAAUCUGGAGAUCACAUUCAGUCUAC